AAAUUUUGAGUCUUUACUCAUCAGAUGUGGUAACUAGACUACAUGUAAAUAAUCAGGAUGAAAACACAACUUGUUAUACAAGUCGUCCUCCUUCACUAGAGAAGCCUCUCUGUUGGGACGCGAAACAUCGUCAAGAACUUCAACCAAGUCCAGUCGCCUUUUGGAUUAAACCUUGAAGUAAACCAUAACCUGGAACUACGAAAACAUUAACGGAGACAGAAGGCAGAUGGCAGAUUUUCCAGUGGACAUCUCGGCGCGUGAUGUCCUUGAUUUCCUGCAAAGACGCAAAGCAAGAGGUAAAGACUAUAUAAAACAGGGGAAAUAUCUUGUGGACACAUUUGGAGACAGAACUCUGGCCCUUUGUAAUCCAGCUGAUGUCAAAUGGAUGAUAUGUGGCCUCCAAGGCACAAGUUAUUUUAACAGAAAAGAAGUCGUGGAAGGUUGGGGAAAGUUCUAUCUUCCUGAUGAGGUUAGGAUGCAGGUUGUAGGUUUAGUGAAGGGAACCUCAUGCCCCUGUGAGCUGCUUGUUCUGAUGAUCUGUGAAGAUGGAAAGCUGUAUGCUUACGAUGAAGAGGAGCUGCAUGAGGUGGCUUCCAGUCUGGAGCAGCUCUGUACUGAGGGAUUACAGUAUCCAUCAUCCCUGUGCUAUUACAAAGGGGAGACCUUCAGCAAAAUGACCUAUGAGGACUGGGAAAAAGUGAAGCAGAGUGCUUUAGGGAAGAGUUUGGACGAAGCACAUUACAAGCUGGUGACAGCAAAUAAGAAGGGAUUCCUGGAAAAACUCAAACGAGAGCCUGUCCUGAAGGACCUGGAACAGACCCCUCUGGGCCUUCUGGACGGAGAAGCAUCAUAUGCCUUGACACCUCCGAUGUCUCCUCUUUGUUCUCCGACAAAGAGGAGACAUUUCUAUAAGCUCACCCUGGACGCCUGAGCUUUUUAUUUAUUUAUUAUUUUUUUAAAAGAUUUUUAUCAUAUAUAAGAUAUACUAUAGAUAUAUCAAGAUAAUAAUGCAACCCUUUGCACUUUACACAAAUGCACUUAACAUUAAUGCACUGCAGCACAAAGUUUUUAAUCACUUUAUGUAUUAUAUUCUAAAAUAUUUCCUAUUUCCAUUGUUUUUUCAACCAGGCUACAUGUUACAUCUUGUGCGGUUGAUUCAAAUUAUAUAUUUUUUUAUUGUUUUUUUUACUAUUAAACAAUCUUUUUUUCUAUAAUUAUCAUGUUGGUUUUUAUUUUUCAUUUCCAGUCAUCAAAUAAGUGCUUCUAUCCUUGUUUUAGGGAUGAUGUAAAAACUGACAAAAAAAGAAAAAUGUGAGGAAGUUUGUUUUUCUGAAAUCAGGGACUUCUUUGAAUAACACAAAGCUGAUCGUAAAUCUGUGUCUGGACACUGCAGAUAUUUGGAGCAACAAACUGAAAUCAACCUUGAAGAAAAUAUGAAAAACAAUUUGGCAGCCAUGUUUUUAGUUGCUCAUCCAGAAGUCAGUUUACAAAACACAACAACACUUUGCAUUAAGUUAUAAUCAAUAAACAUGUUUCAAACAAGUUUCUUCCCUUGUUUGAUUUGAUCUGAUUUGAUAGAACUUUAUUGUCAGACAUGGUCUGAAAUUUGUUGUGCAUCACAGCGGCUCCAUUUGCAACAUAAAAAUGAAAGACAAGAUACAAAGAUACAAACGUUUGCCACAACAUUCAAGCACCCAACAAAUAUUCAGAGGUCGUGCAUUGGGUAGUAGUUCAUACUUUGUGUUCAAAGCGUGGUUAAGAUCAGAGGCGAUGCUGUUAGCCAGCCUUAACAUGUUUUCAUCGUAUGCUGAUUCAUGGAGUCUCUGCAUUAUACCCAUGUAUAAAAAAAAACUAAAGAAAACUACACAACAUCCAGAGGUAUUGCCUAAAUGUGAUAGAUGCCAGUCUUCUGUGGCAACUCUUCAUCAUAGUUUUGCUUUAUGGCCAAGGAUGAAAUCUUUCUGGAUUGAUCUCUGUAAAAUAAUGUCUGAGGUCAUGAAUACUUCAAUUAAACCAUCAUCAUUCUUGGAACUUCUCUGACCUUUAGAGAACUAAAUGCGAAGCAGCAGCGUGUUAUCUCUCAUUGUCUUAUAACGGCAAAAACAUAAAUUCUUACUGUAUUUUGUGGAAAGGCGCAACUGUUCCUAUACCUCUAAAAUGUGGUUUGAAAAAUCUAACUUACACUCUUCAUUUAGAAAGGAUAAGAUAUGUUCUGAAGGACAGACUUCAACAAUUCAAUAAAACCUGGAAACCCCAUGUAUCAUCCUGCUGACCAAGUACAAUCCUGGAUCCUGUUUGUGCAUGUGUGUGUAUUUCGGCCUAUGUUUGUGUUGCAUUUUUACUAGACAGAGUGUAAAAAAACGAAUUUCCCCUCGCGGGAUCAAUAAAGUAUAAAUUAUAAUUAUAAUUAACAUUCAUCAUCCUAGCACACACUGUACAGAAACGGAGAUGGUUGACGAGUGAAGGUCUUAAAGGUCGUGGGGAUGAAGGGAUGAGUGGGGUGGGUUUUUAUUUUAGUAUUAUUUGUAUUCUGUUUGUUUCUCUGUUCUUUACAUUUGAUGUUAUUGCAUUUUAUUUGUUUAUUACCUUAUUUAAAAAUGACCUCUGUGCCUAUCAAAAAUAUCUGAGCUUUAAUUAAGAUCACGGUUACAUGCACAAUUGUAAUAACCAUAAAUAUAUUGCUGAACGUAUUUCCAAUUUAAUUGCUCAAUAAAAUAUAUUUGAAUUAAAAACCAAAAACUAAUAGUCAAAAAGUUUAUAUUUGACAGCGAAUGUACGGUGCUUAGUUCUUUUUGUACUUUUUUGCUAUCUUUUAUGGACAGUCGUCCACAUUAUCUCUACACUCAAGUAGACACUUCCUGCCACAUACUCAAGAGAAAAAAAAACAUUGGAGAGUAAUGCUUGGACCCUUUUUUCCUGCUAACUCUCGUUGAGCACAGCUUCAUUUAUACCGAGACUGACUCCGAUAUUAGUUGAGAGAAAGAAGAGUAUACAAACAGAAAGCUGUUUUUUCCAUUCUGAUGGAGGAUUGCUGUUUUGGGUUUUAGGUUUUCUUUUUCUUCUUUCCAUGUAAUUUCAUCGUAUCUUACAAUGGUGAGUAGGAGCUUUUAUUAGCUUUAGUUGCAUAUAUCAUCUUUGUGAAAUUCUACAAUGCUUUUGUAUUUUCUGUUGUCUUUGGAAUAUCUCAAUGUUGUAAUGUGUUAUGUUUUAUACCUCAACACAUCACAAGUCUGCAGACAAGAGGUGAGACAACUGGUUUUCUGUCAGCAAGUUUUAUAUUUUUUCAUUUGACUUUUUCUGUCCUAAAAACACUGCAUGUUAUUUCAGGGCAGAAGAAUUUCUGAAACAGGACCUUUUCCUCAGGAGUGCUUUCAAGAUUAUUGACAAAAUGGUUCAUCUCAGUCCAGAUCGUCCUUCGGUGUUAGUGGAUGAGGUUCUUCACAGCAUCUUCUUCUUGGGAAUAAUCCACAGUCCCCCAUAUCUCCCACAAGCUAUUGUCAGUAACAAUGAGAUGCUGAAAGAGUUACAAAAAUGGUACCCUCAGCCUUUUAACUUCUAUUCCACUCAAUUACCAAAGAGGAGUCCAUUUUCCUGUGUGCUUGACAUGAUUAUCUACCUGACUGGAAAGAAAGGCCUCCUGACUGAAGAAGCUAAGGAAAGUGACAUAAUAGAAAGCCUGCGAGAGGUCAUCUCUGAUCUGAAGAAGGAUGAAGCAAUCGACCUGAUCUCCUCUGCCAUAUGUGUGUCUCAAAAGAAACCAAUCCAAGACUCAGUCAGGUACUAUGGAGUCUCCAUGUCCACCUCUGGCCGUGUUCCCGGGCAAAUCAUGGUUGCUGCCUCCUGUCUUGGCACCUGGGACCCUUAUGUAGCUGAUGCAGUGAUGACCUACUAUCCAGGCAAGGUCAAAAAGAACUAUUUUGAUGGAACCUUCCAAAUCCAAGAGCUGAUCAGGUGUCAGGCCUUUAGCCUGACAAAAGGAGAUCAAAUGGAUCCUUGCAGAUCAUGUGGAAAUCUGUUUGGUUUGACAACAUGUCAAAAAAAUGUGUGGGCCUAUGGCAACUGUGCUGAAGCAGAAAGUAUAAGCAACUUGCUUAAAAAUGAGAAUGAAGUGAGAGGCCAAAUAAGACCAGCAUCUGAUAGGAACAUGGAUGAGAAUAACUGGCAAAGGGCAAUAGAGAGUGUUGUCAACGAUCUGAAGAAAUGGCUGAAAUCGGUGAGAUUCAAUCAACAUUUGCAAUUCUACACACCACCAAUUUAAUCUGAGAAUAGAGAAAAUGAUGGGAUAUUAAAUAUGAUAGACACAACACUUUCAUACUUUAUUUCAAGGUAACACGAUAGACCUCUUUUGAUGUGACUGGUUGGCUGAAGAAUGCUCCCUGUAAAUGUGUUUUUGGAUUAUUCUAGAUGUUUUGAGGCGUGUGAAUUAAUGUCAUCAGAGUUGUUUAUAUCUCGCUUACUAAUUGUAAAUUGUUAUUUGGGCCAGUUAUGUAAAGAUGGAACAAUAAAAUAUAAGAAAGCAUACAUGGCAAAAUUGUAAAGUACAAGUGUGUCAACAGGUUAAAUCCAGCAUUAUGGAAGAUUUGAAAGCUCUUCAUUUGAUCUUGUCAUUCAUGGAAAAAUAAAGAUGUACACUGAGGUUAA